GUGAAAGCCUCUGUGAGUAUGUGACAGUGUAUCUGUAGCAUAUCAUCUAAAAAUAGAUGAAUAUUAGAUCAAAAAGAAUCUUUUGGAUCAUCUAGAAAUGCUAACUUCAAAAUAGAAUUAUUGAAACAAGAGGAAAAUGUCAGGCGCUUCCUAUGUAUUAGGCACUGUGGCUGGUACUGGGAAUAAACCAAGAAACAAGUUAAACUUGCUCCUUGCCAUCAUAUAAUUUUACAUCUUACUGGGGGAGACAGACUCACAAAAGCCGACAGACAAAAAUUACAAAUUACGGUAUGAUGUGAAGAAAGUUCAGUGGGUACAUAUGCAAGUUUGUUACAUGAAUAAAGUGCAUGCUGCUGGGGUUUGGUGUAUGAAUGAUUUUGUCACCCAGGUGGUAGCAUAGUACGCUUUUCAAUCUUCACUUUCCAUUCACCCUCCACCCUCAAGUAAGUCCUUGUGUCUGUUGUCCCCGUUUGUGUCCAUGUCUACUCAAUGUUUAGCACCCCCUUAUAAGUAGAACAUGCAGUAUUUGGUUUUCUCUUCCUGUUAAUUGGCUUAGGAUAAAUGGCCUCCAGCUGCAUCAUGUUGCUGCAAAGGUCGUGAUCUCAUUCUUAUAGCUGCAUGAUAUUCCAAGGUGUACGUACCAUAUUUUCUUUAUCCAGUCCACCACUGAUGAGGAUCUAGGUUGAUUCCAUGUCUCUGCUAUUGUGAAAAAUGCUGUGAUGAACAUAAGCAUGCAUGGGUCUUUACGGCAGAACAGUUUAUAUUCCUCUGGACGUAUACCCAAUUAUGGAAUUGCUGGGUGGAAUAAAAGUUCUGUUUCAAGUUCUUUAAGAAAUUUCCAAAUUGCUUUCCACGGUGGCAGAACUAAUUUAUAUUCCCACCAGCAAUGUCUAAGUGUUCAAAGAGUUUAUCUUAUACAAAAACUAUAAAACCCAGUUUGUGAUACUGUGGGCAAGACAGACUAUUUCUGUUCUCUGUUGUAGAAUUUAUUUUGAUAAAAUCAUAUAUGUUGCUUUUAUUCACCCUGAAGCCUACCUUCAUUGCAAAAUGUUGUUGAUUUAUUUUCUCUCACAGUAAUAGACUAAAUUUCUUAUUACUUUAAACCUUUCAAUCAAACAUAUGUCCACUGUUUAAUUUUCAAAAUACUUUAACAAUUAUUUUUUCCAAUGAUGAAUUUUUUAAUUGGGGAAAAAAUGGCCACGUAUGUUUUAUUUAUGUGAGCAAAGUGAAAACGCUGGCUGUGAUUAACACUCAACGGAGCUGGCCUGUUUUUACAUGAAUGAAAUAAACAUUUGGCUUUAAAAUGAGAAAAGAAAAACCAACAAUCUCAGCUCACAAGGAAAUGACCCUACCAGCCAUCGGACCUCUCAGCAGGCUGGACCCAAGUUAGCCCUUUUCUGCGAGGCCUAAGCGGCGGCACCAUCGAGUCGCGGUCCUCCAGCGUUCCUAGAGCGGAGAAGACAGUGCUCCGAAGAGCUACAGCUGACCCUCGGCGAUGCGCUAAGACGCUGUUUCAGAGCGUUUGGCCUUUCUGCGGCCCCUUGGCCAGGCAGGCGGACUCAAGUCGGGCUCCGGGCUGGGGCAGAACUGCGGCCUAUGGGUUUGGGGAGCAGCUGGUUCCCCGCGGAUGCUGAGGACGUUCCCUCGACCGCGGGGGCGGGGUCCGCCGCGGAGGUGGCGGUCCUGGGGCCUAGAGUGAUGAAGCUGUGGACCUAGUUAACCGAGUACAACCUUCUGUUGCAUAUUUUUCAUCCGUUGAGCGCAAUUUUAAGUAGGUAUUAAAGGAGUAUCCCUGAAGAUACAGUUGAAAUAAAGUUUUCAAAACAGGGAGAGCAGUCUGAAGCUGGGGAUGGCGACAGCAUUGGUGAGUACCCAUUCCCUGGCUCCCCUGAAUCUGAAGAAGGAGGGGCUUCAGGUAGUGAGGGAGGAUCACUACCCUACUUGGAAAGAGGGAUUCAAGCUGCAAAGAAACAGUAAAGGCCUUGGACAGGAGCCAUUGUGCAAACAGUUGAGGCAGUUGCAUUAUGAAGAGACCACAGGACCUCGAGAAGCACUAAGUCGGCUCAGGGAGCUCUGUCACCAGUGGCUACAGCCCGAGACCCAUACCAAGAGGCAGAUCCUGGAGCUGCUGGUACUGGAGCAGUUUCUGACCAUCCUGCCUGAGGAGCUCCAGGCCCGGGUGCAUGAGCAUCACCCAGAGAGCGGGGAGGACGUGGUUGUUGUUCUGGAGGAUUUGCAGCUGGAUCUUGGAAAAACAGGACAACACGUGGACCCAGACCAGGCAAAGAAACAAAAAAUGCUGGUGGAGGAGUUAGCCCCUCUGAGAGGACUGCAGGAGCAGCAGGUUCAGCCUGAGUGUGAAGUUACAAAGCCUGAGAAAGAGAAGGGUGAGGAGACAAGGAUUAAGAAUGGGAAGCUUGUUGUAGUUACAGACUCUUGUGGAAGAGUAGAGUCAUCUGGGAAAAUAUCUGAACCUAUGGAGGCUCAUAAUGAAGGCUCUAACUUGGAAAGGCAGCUGGCCAAGCCCAAAGAGAAGACUGACUAUAAAUGCUCAGAAUGUGGGCAGGGAUUCAUCCAGCACUCGGACCUGAUUGAACAUGCGAGUACACACACGGGAAAAAAACUCUGCGAGUCUGAUGUGUGUCAGAGUUCUAGCCUUACAGGACACCAGAAAGUCCUCUCUAGAGAGAAAGGUCAUCAGUGUCAUGAGUGUGGGAAAACCUUUCAGAGGAGUUCACACCUUGUCAGACAUCAGAAAAUCCAUCUUGGUGAGAAGCCUUAUCAGUGCAGUGAGUGUGGCAAAGUCUUUACCCAGAAUGCAGGCCUUUUGGAACAUCUCAGAAUUCAUACUGGAGAGAAACCUUAUCUAUGUAUCCAUUGUGGAAAAAAUUUUAGGCGCAGCUCUCACCUUAAUCGACACCAGAGAAUUCACAGUCAGGAGGAGCCCUGUGAGUGCAAGGAGUGUGGAAAAACCUUUAGUCAGGCCCUACUCCUCACCCACCAUCAGAGACUCCACAGUCACUCCAAAAGCCAUCAAUGUAACGAGUGUGGAAAAGCUUUCAGUUUGACCUCAGACCUUAUUCGACACCACAGAAUUCAUACUGGAGAAAAACCUUUUAAGUGUAGCAUAUGCCAGAAAGCCUUUCGACUAAACUCACACCUUGCUCAGCAUGUAAGAAUCCACAAUGAAGAAAAACCCUAUCUGUGUAGUCAAUGUGGAGAAGCCUUCAGGCAGAGGUCAGGUCUUUUUCAACAUCAGAGAUAUCACCACAAAGACAAACUGGCUUGAUGAGGUGUUCUCUCCUUGUAGAACAUCAGAGAGGGCACAUUGACUAGCAAACAGCACUUUAGGAAAAGUCACCAUAGCCCACUGUGGCAUCAGAAAAUUCUUGGGGGCUGAGUUGGAGGCUCCCUGCCUCUGUUUCCUCUCCUUUGCUUUCCUUGGAGUCAGCUUUGGACCACAAUAAUUUCACCCUAGAUGGUAUAAUACGAUCAAAGUUAAACAGCAUUCUUCACUGCAGCACAUCUCAGAGCCUUUAACAUUACUGCAUGAUUAUAUACUCUAAGCAAUAGAGAGCUUCAUGACUAAGGGCUUUGAAGUCAGCAGUGAAUCAAGUGCCCACAGAUUUGC